UCCGGUAUUCUGUCGGUCGCUCGGAUCACUUCCGGUUAUUGAAAUUGGAGAAAACCUAACUUUUGACAAUCUGUGGACUCUUCUUUGCUAAUGUGAAAUGGAAAGAAGAAUCUGAUGAUUGGAUUUUGAUUCCUCAUAUUAUUCUAAUUUCUUUUCUAUCUACUAAAAAAUUUAUAUAAUUGUUUCUUAAUUUCCAUGAUCUCAGUCGUGCUUCCUUUGUUUGAAAUCUCCUUAUCUGUCGAUCCGGUCGACCUCAGACCCAAUUCCCCCUCUCUUUGUUGACGAUUUCAAGAACGAGGAAACAGUUUGAGCUGAUUUGCCUGAAUAAGAGAAGCAGAUAUGUCUUCUUCAAAUGGCAGUUCAUCUGCAGGAGGAGAAAUAGCUGAUAAUCAUUAUAAGAAUUUCAUACAGCAUCAGGUCUCCAAGUUUGAUACUCUUGCUGGUGUGGCCAUCAAGUAUGGUGUUGAGGUGGCUGACAUCAAAAGGUUGAAUGGGUUGGCCACUGAUCUUCAAAUGUUUGCUUUAAAGACGUUGCUGAUACCAUUACCAGGAAGGCAUCCCCCAUCGCCCAUUUUUUCCUCUGAUUCUUCUUCUUCGGAAGGGAACGACAUUGAUAAAACAUCACAGCCUUGCUACUCCAAUGGAUUGGAAUCAUUUGAUUCCCUGAGAUUGAAAUCAACCCAAGAGAAGGCUUCUCCAGCUAUGAGCACUUUAUGGAAGUACUACGGUCUCAAAUCUUCAAAACAGACGGGUACAGCUGAAGGCAUAGGGAUGACAAAAGUUUACAGAAGAGGAAGCUCAGAUUCCCUAACCGAAGGGCUGUUGCCGAGAGCCACACCAAUCUAUGAGUCACCAUACCACAACCUCAAAUCACGAAAUUUUGCUAAUGGCUUGUCCCCUGAGGAUGGUACUACAGUCGAUUAUGUGCCUCUUGCAGAUGCUGGAGAUGCAGAAGGUGACAAGUCCAAUGAGAAGUCGGUUCGGAGACGCCAGAAAUCCGAAGCAGAUUUUAGAAAUGGAACACCAGAAAGGCUGUUGAAGGAAGAAAAAAGUGGUGGAAGCAGUGAUUUCUCACCUGUAACUGGAAAGGGUUUAGCUAUGAGACCAAAAUCGGCAAGCCGAACAGCACUGUACUCUGAAUCAGAGGCUGGAUGGUCAAAUUCUAUACCGAUUGGUUUGGGAGAUUCUAUUAUUUCUGACGUACCGACUGGAGUUCGUAAAUCGUCAAGUACACCAAGUCUAUAUAACCAGGACACCAAUAAUUCCUCUUCUGUUUGGCCAACUUCAAGGUGGAGUUUGAAACCUGACCUGCAGGUUCUCUCAUCAGCAGCAAUGAACAUACCUAUGUUUGAUGGUUUACCAAAGCCAAUAUCUGGACGCAGGAGUAAAGCGGCCCUUGAUUAGCCUGAUCUUCUGCAAUGUCAUUGAAAAAUUUUGUUCUGUAUUUAAGAUCUAAUGGGAAUGGAAAGUCACAGCCAUCGACUGCCAAGUGUCAUGUAGUUGCAAAGGGCAAUUGAAAGAGGAGAAAGGCCAGGAAAAGGUAAGAAAAUACGAUAUUAGGUUUAUUUAUUUGAGAGAAGUGUUGAAAAUGCCAAUUUUUACAGCUUUAGAAUCUCAAUUUUAAACAGGGUGUUCUAAUCAAGAUUAAUAAAAUCAGUUGUUAUAUAAUGUAUAAGAAGCCAUUUGUCUAUGCUUAAUCACUGGAAGUGCAUUUAUUCCAAUUAUUUAAGACCCAUGUUCAUUUGAAUUCUAAUGGAGGAUAUUAAUAUUUGAUUUAUUGGAGAAAUAUGUUUUCCUUCUUAUAUUGAUUGUAAUAUGAGAAGCAUGAGCUUCAGUUGAAUUUU